AUGAGUGAUAAUACAAAAUUUAGUGAUAUUAUUAAAUCUUUAACUUUUGGUGUUAAAAGAAAACGUAAUAUUCAAGAUGAGAAAAAAGAUGGUAAUGAAUUAAGGAUGAGAAUUAUUCCAGAAACUAAUUAUGAAACUAAAAAAGUAAAGAUUGAGGAAGAAAGUGAUUCAUCUGAUGGAGAAGGUGUAAUGAUAUUUUCUGAUGGUAAUCCUAAAAAAAAAGACUCAGAUGUUGAAAAAAAUCAAGAAAUUUUGGAAGAUGAUAGAAUAAAUGAAUUACGUAGAGUAAAUAAAAUUUUUACCUGGGGUACUGAUAUACCACCUCCAUUUAUUAAUUUUUGUGAUCUUAAUUUACCAGAACAAUUUAUGAAAAAUUUAGAAACAUUUAAAAUAAAAGAACCAUCACCUAUACAGAUGCAAGCUAUACCAAUUAUGUUAAAAAAUCGUGAAAUAAUGGCUAGUGCUCCAACAGGAUCUGGUAAAACAUUAUCAUUUAUAAUACCAAUAAUGUUAAAUAUAUUAAAUGGACGUGUAAAUGACAAAAAAAGUCAACAUAUAAAAGCAUUAAUUAUACAGCCUACAAAAAUAUUGGCAAAACAAACAUAUUUAAACUUUAUUAAAUUUACAAAUGGUCUUGAUAUUAAAAUACAAAAUUUAGAAGAUGAAGUAAUUUUAGAAGAUACUAAAGUAUUAAUAACAACUCCAAAUAGAUUUAUAUAUACAAUGAAAAAUUAUAAAAAAAAAAUUUUAAAACAUUUAGAAUGGUUGGUUGUUGAUGAGAGUGAUAGACUUUUUGAAACUACAGAAAAAGAAAAAGAUGGUGAUUUUAGGAGUCAACUUGCUGAAAUAUAUAAUUUAUGUGAUGGAUUAUCCGUUAAACAUGCUUUCUUUUCUGCUACUUUUUCAGGAUCUGUUGAAAAUUGGUGUAAAGAAAAUUUGAAUGAUGUUGUACAUGUUUGUAUUGGUAUGAAAAAUUCAUCAAACACCAAUGUUGAUCAAGAACUUGUCUUUGCAGGAACGGAACAAGGAAAAAUUAGUACAAUGAAAGAUAUGCUUCGUAGGGGUUUUCAUCCUCCGGCAAUUGUUUUUGUUCAAAGUAAACAUCGUGCCAAACAACUAUAUCUUGAAUUAAAAGAAACUUUUAAAAAUAUGAAUGUUGCAUUACUAACUUCAAAAGUUUCUGAUAAAGAUAAAGAUUUUAUUAUUGAAAAAUUUCGCCUUGGAAGUAUUUAUAUAUUAGUAUGUACAGAAUUAUUGGGUCGUGGUCUUGAUGUUGCUGGUGUUAAUCUUGUCGUUAAUUAUGAUUUACCAACAUCAAUUAUUAGUUAUAUACAUAGAGUUGGAAGAACCGGAAGAGCAGGUAAAACAGGAAAGGCUAUUACAUAUUUUACGGAGGAUGAUAUUGAAAGGAUUCGUCCAAUUGCAACAGUUAUUCAUCAGGCUGGUUAUCAAGUACCAGAAUAUACUUUAAAAAUGAAAAAAUUAUCAAGAAGAACAAUUACUUCCUUAAAAAAGAAAGCCCCAAAAAGGAAAGAUAUUAGACAUUUACGUAAUGAUAAAAAUAAAAAAACAAAAACAAAACCUAAACCAAAAUCAGAAUAA